CUGAAGCACAGUCUGGAGGCUCUGCAAUAUUGGUUUCUCACAGGGGCCCCAGCUCAAAGGAUGCAGGGGCGGAGCCAGGCUAGCUACUGCUCAAGCUGCUAAGGGCUACUCAGGCUUCUGCUUGUAAAAGACAGAAAUUGACAUGGAGCAGGGGAAGGGCCUGGCUGGCUUCAUCCUGGCUAUCAUUCUUCUUCAAGAAAAAUUAGAAAUGAAAACUCAAGAUGAUGAUACAGUACUUCUGAUUUGUGGCAUUAAAGAUGAAAAUGUGACAUGGUUUAAAAAUAAUCAGGAAAUAAUGCCUCGAAAUGCAAACAAACAAAAAUGGAAUCUGGGAAGUAGUGCCAAAGACCCUCGAGGGAUAUAUAAGUGUAAAGGAGAAAAGGACUCUGGAAAAAUCCAGCUGUAUUACAGAACGUGUCAGAACUGCAUUGAGCUGAAUGCAGCCACUGUAUCUGGCUUUGUCUUUGCUGAAAUCAUUAGCAUUUUCUUCCUUUCUGUUGGGGUCUACUUCAUCGCUGGACAGAAUGGAGUUCGCCAGUCAAGAGGUAAUAGAAUGUCUUUACUUACACGAGCUUCAGACAAGCAGAUUCUGUUGUCCAAUGACCAGCUCUACCAGCCCCUCAAGGAUCGAGAAGAUGACCAAUAUAGCCACCUUCAAGGAAACAAAACCAGGAGGAAAUGAGUUUCAGACUAAGACCAGAUGUUCUUCCUCCUAUCCAUUUCUCAGAAGCAAAGCAAUUAAUUUUGAAACACUUGUAGCAGAGAGACUUUCAGCUGUAAACUGAGAGAUGUUACCGGAAAUGACCAAAGAAGAAAGCCCAUCAGAGCUGAUUUGAGGUGUUCAUAAAAUAAAAUAAAAGUAAAGUAAAAACCU